UGUGCGCUGUCACGUGCGCCUCCCACCCCGCGCCUGCGCGCUGCGGGCUGUUGUUGUGGCGGCGCGGCCCGGCCGGUAGCGAUGAGCGACAACGAUGACAUCGAGGUGGAGAGCGACGAGGAGCAGCCGCGGUUCCAGUCCGCGGCAGACAAACGCGCCCACCACAACGCGCUGGAGCGCAAGCGCAGGGACCACAUCAAGGACAGCUUCCACAGCCUGCGGGACUCCGUGCCCUCCCUGCAGGGGGAGAAGGCAUCCCGGGCGCAAAUCCUGGACAAAGCCACAGAGUACAUCCAGUACAUGCGCCGGAAAAACCACACGCACCAGCAGGACAUCGACGACCUCAAGCGCCAGAACGCGCUCCUAGAGCAGCAAGUGCGGGCGCUGGAGAAGGCCAGGUCGAGCGCUCAGCUUCAGGCCAGCUACCCCUCGACGGACGGCAGCAGCCUCUACACCAACGCCAAGGGCAGCACCAUCUCCGCCUUCGACGGCGGAUCCGAUUCCAGCUCCGACUCGGAGCCCGAGGAGCCUCAGAACAGGAAGAAGCUGCGCAUGGAGGCCAGUUAGGGCCCCCCCCGGCCCCCCCACCGCCCUCGGCCGUGUAAGGACUCUUUCCCUUCUCUCGUAGAGGCUCUCGGACUGCAGCUUCCCAAAGCCCAUCCCGGCCCUUUCCCCGCUCCAACCGCACCGGCCCCGAGGGGGGAGCCGGCCAGGCAGGGCCCCCGACAGACUUGGGGGGGGGAAGUGUCUCCAAGGAGGCACCGUCCCCAUUGCCCCCCCUCCCCAGCGAGCCCCUCGCCCUCCUCCUUUCUGGUUUUAUAUGAGCGUUUCUAUUUAUACCCGGGGACCACAGCAGUCCUGAGCUGAAGGGGGAGGCUGUGCAGCCCCCCCCCCAACUCCACUCUGUGUGUGUGUGUGUGUGUGUGCCCCCCCCAAAAGGCCAGGCCUCACACAGGGGAGCUGCUCCUGACCCCCCCCCCCCAUCAGGCAAGCACUGGAAGGAAAAGUGGGGGGGGGUCUUGCUAUUUAUUCUCUGCGUGUGCAAUUCCAACUGCCCCCGAUGCCUGUGGGAGCUAUGGGGGGGGGACAACACACACACAACGCCUGCACCCCCUCUUUCCACAGCACAGAGCCAGGCUGGGUGCUCUCUGUGUGCAUCCUGUCCCGUGUCCUCCCC